GGCGCGGCGAGGAGCUCGCGUUCAUCGAGUCAUGGAAGAAGGCCGCUCCCCAGAUCGACCCCCCUAAAUCGCCGCUCGACUUCAUGAAGGCCCGGCCCCCGACGCCUGCUUCGAUCCCUUCGAAGCUCACGGUCAACUUUGUUUUGCCCUACCGAUCUGAGAUCUCCAGUAAAGAGGUCGAUAUGGUGAUAAUCCCAGCAACAACUGGCCAAAUGGGAGUUCUCCCAGGCCACGUCGCUACCAUAGCCGAGCUCAAGCCAGGAGUUCUUUCAGUCCACGAAGGCUCUGAAACCACCAAAUACUUCGUCAGCAGCGGCUUUGCCUUCAUCCAUGCAAACUCGUUUGCCGAUAUAGUCGCAGUUGAGGCUGUUCCUGUUGACCGCAUCGAUCCAAGCCUUGUUCAAAAAGGACUUGCUGAUUUCACUCAGAAGCUUAGCUCGGCGACAACUGAUCUUGAGAAGGCUGAAGCUCAAAUUGGAGUUGAUGUUCACAGUGCACUUAAUGCUGCACUCACCGGAUGAGCACAUGAAGAUUUCCAUUCUGAAGAGAUAUUGGCGUUGUAAUAAGUUUGAGGCAUUAUAUGUUGCAUGAUUUGGUCUUGUACUAGGGAAUUCAUUUUUGUUGCUGAGAAGCUACAGAUUAUUGUACCAUGGGUUUGGCAUGGCAAGACUUUGUGUCCUUGGAUGUUAGGGUGGCAUCACAUACAUCAAAAUUUUAUUUUGUUUUUGUUUUCUUGGAAGUCAUUGAAUAAUGAUAAAGGAUCAUAACCUAAUUUGAUAAUUUUGAUGUA